CAUCAAUUUUGUGGUCACACUAAAUCCUACCUACAACAUGUUUUUCAUUUCAUGUCAAAUUUUUAUAUUUGUUUCGUAAACUAUACCGAUAAAGUGAAAAAGUGCCUGCCAGUGAAAAUCUUCCGAGAUCCACAUAUCCGAAUCCCCAAGCGUAGUCGAAACAAUGGCCACCUCAGUGCUAUUAGCCUGUGGCCUCAAUGAGCAAAAGUUACCGGGAUUCGUGCACAUCAGCGAGGAGUCCAAUGUGGAUGGCAGCUUCCUGAUCAGCUGCAUCCUGGGCCAGAGGCUGCGCAUCUCCAAUGCUGGAACUCUACUUGUUUGCCUGCAGCACCACUAUCAUCAUUAUUUCAAUGCCGGCAUGAGGUUGGGUUAUAAUACCAAUAUUUUCCAAGGCAAAACGCUCGGCGUAAUCGAUGUUCUUAGCGACAUGGCCGGCGAGGGAUUGACCUCCAAGUGGCUACGCCGCCCCGAAGGUCAGACAUUGACCGAACAGCUGGUGGAGGAUAUUCGCGUCCAGGUGGAGAGCAACUAUGCCAGUCGAAAUAGCUAUACGGUGUUGAUCGACAACCUGUCCAUAUUGUUCAAUCUGGGUGCCAGCAAGCUGCAGGUCCAGCAGUUCUGCCAGGAUCUAGCCGCCCUUGCCAAGGAGCGUGACAAUCUGACGGUCAUCACCAAGCUGAGCAACAGCGAUAUCUACCAAUUGACGGACAAUAAUGUGGCCAAGCUGGGUCAGGUGCGCAUCCAGGUGUUGCGGUUAAAGAGCGGCGUGUUCCGAGAGGUGGAUGGCAAGCUCCUGAUCGAGCGGGUACUGGACGAGGGUAACUAUGCAUGCGAGGAGACGCGCAAGGAGGUGCUCUACAAGGUCAACGAUCGCAAUGUCAAGGUCUUUACGCCAGGCGAAAUCGGCGUCAAGGUCUAGAAUGGGGUUUGCGUCUGAUAUAUUUUAUGAAUUUUUAAUAAAGCCAUUUUUUGUAUAUUCCGAGAA